ACCUGAACGCAUCAUCAGGCUGCUCCGCUCGCAGCCAGAGGAACGGACAGCGCUGCACACGAGGCAGGGACCAUCUCCACCGGGAGGGACAGAAACAGACAAGUGCGAGAGGCAGACUGGAUUCAAUCUCCUUCAGCUGAGAGGAUCAUGAAGUUCUACUGUAAGACCAGAUCUCCGUGGCGGGGAUGAUGGUUUUUGGAGCGAGAACCUUCCUGGUUGUUUCAGGUUCCUGUUCUCUGCCCUGAUGCUCCCUUCAGGACAGCCUCUCCGGAUUGAAGGAUACAAAGAGAAACCACCAAGUAAGGAUAUGACUGAGUCAAGGAUUGUGGUUGAGGUCGGAUCCUCCCAGAGAUUGGGUGUCGUCUUUCUCAUGAAGCAAAGUUGAUGGAAAGACAGUUUUCCCUGUUUUUGGAUAGUAACUUGGAACUCAGUGGGUUCAAGAGGGGGACUUAAAUACUUUGAGCAGGUAUUCCCUUCAUUCCCUAGAAGACUUUUGUGAAAGUUGGAUAUAUUAAGCCGUGGGAGAGCCUGAGUCCUCCCUCACCUAUGGGAAGAUGGAGGCAGGAGCAGAGGCUAGUCCACAACAGCACUCCAGGAGGAAAACCGUGCUGCACUGUUUGGAGGACCAGAAAAGAAUCUACACGGACUGGGCCAACCACUACCUUGCCAAGUCAGGACACAAGCGCCUGAUCAAGGACCUGCAAACGGACGUCACAGAUGGAGUGCUGCUGGCUGAGAUCAUCCAGGUCGUAGCCAACGAGAAGAUUGAUGACAUCAAUGGCUGUCCAAAGAGCCGUUCUCAGAUGAUUGAGAACAUCGACGCCUGCCUCAGUUUCCUGGCAGCCAAAGGAGUCAACAUCCAGGGUCUGUCUGCGGAGGAGAUCCGGAAUGGUAAUCUGAAAGCCAUCCUCGGCCUCUUCUUCAGUUUAUCCCGCUACAAACAGCAGCAGCAGCAGGCCCACCGGCAGAACUCCCAGCCCUCUCUCCUCUCUGCCGCCCAGUCCCAGAGCGCACAUCCCCCCCUGACCCAGCAGAGCAGCGCACCGGCACAGCUCAGCCACUCUCCGCAUGGGACUCCUGCCCCCACAGCCCAGAAAGCAGCACAGGCCGAGAUGCAGUCCAGACUUCCUGGCCCCUCGGCGAGGGUGUCCACUGCCGGCAGUGACAUCCCUCCAAGAGGCUCGGUCAGUGCUGCUGGGAACCGACGCAGCCAGGGCUUCAGUGACAAAACCAAAGCCACCCCUCACCUGAACAAAGAUUCCUCAGAGGGCCUGACCUCACAGCCUUCAGUGAUGAUUGAGCAUGCUCUAUCGUCCGCAGUGACCGCCAGCUCCUCCACCAGCAUCCCCGCUGCUACCUCCGCCCUGAGUCCUCCUCCAUCUUCUUCAUCAUCCUCAUCCACGGCCAUCCCCCAGCCCAACAGCAACAGCAAACCCUGGAGGAGCAAAUCUAUGAGCUCCAAGAACACCUCUCCUUCCACCAGCACAUCCACAUCCUCUGCCAUGCAGUCAGUGAAGCAGGGGAAGGACUCCACCUCUAAAGCCGCCCCAGAGAGCGAAGCUCCACCUAAAGUUGUAGCUCAAAAGUCAAUGCUGGAGAAGCUAAAGCUCUUUAACAGCAAGGGAGGCUCCAAAUCUUCCUCCUCCUCCUCAUCUAAUGGUGCAGGGUCUGAUAAUGCUGCCCAGGCCAGGCCGCUCACUGUGGGGCAGGUGGAGAGAGCUGAGACAGGCUCCAACACUGACCCCUUGGAGGAAGAGGAUGGAAACGUUCGGCCUGGGAUGAAUGGUACCAGUAAUGGGACGGCCUACGCAGCCGCUCCCUCUGCAGGUACAACUGUCGCCACAACUGCCAGCAGCCCCAAAAUCGCCCUGAGGGGCAUCGCCCAGCGCACUUUCAGCAGAGCUUUAACUGCCAAGAAGAGCUCAGUCAAAAGCUCUGACAAAGACAAAGAUAAGGGGAAGGAGAAGGAGAAGGACAAAGGGAAGGACAUGGGAAAACGAGGCUCGGUCCCUGAUAGGGUAGAGCUCAGGGGGGAGGAGCUUAAAGAGGAAGCAGCACCUGUAGCUGCAGACACAGACAGUUCAAAUAAAAAGUCCUCUAAAAUCACCAGCUUCAUUCCCAAGGGGGGCAAAGUGGCCAAAAAGGAGAGCUCCACACCUGCACAAAGCGGAAUACCAAAGCCAGGAAGUAAAGCAGUCGGGGGGAAAACUUCCUCAGUGAAGGAGGCAGGGGAGAGGCCUCGGAGCAUGCGUUUAGGAGGGGGUCUCAUCAUGCACCGUGGUGCCCUGGACAGAGACAAAGACAGGGACAGCAGACACUCCAGCUCCACCUCCAGCCUGGCCUCCACAGACGGGAAGAGCAGCCUUGCCCCAGGGGCCGGAGGAGGAACUACACAGAGCACAGCCAGCAACACAGUCAGCGUGCAGCUACCUCAGACCCAACAGCACCACAGCCACCCCAACACGGCCACCGUCGCACCUUUCAUGUACAGAUCCCAAACUGACGGCGAGGGAACGGGGAGCAUUGAGACGGGCUCAGGAGGGAUUGGAGGGGAUAUUUCCUUCACCAAGAGCGGUCAGCUCUCCAUUGAGGACCUCUCAGCUGAAGACCCAGAGACGAGGCGGUUGCGUACGGUCAAAAACAUAGCAGACCUGAGGCAAAACCUGGAGGACACCAUGUCCAGCCUGCGAGGAACUCAGGUCUCACACAGCACCUUGGAGACCACCUUCGAUGGCAACGUCACGACAGACGUCAGCUGUGGUGGAGGAAGCAGUGCCGGCAGCAACAACAGCGCAGGGAGUCGGAGCAUCCUCAGCAUCACUUCCUCUCGUCCCUCUCUGUCGUCAUGGCGGUUGGGUCAGUCCAGCCCUCGUCUGCAGGCCGGCGAUGCCCCCUCCAUGGGGAAUAGCUACGGUGGAAGGGUGGUUGGCGGGCAGGGAGGACGCUACUUGUACCCCGGGCAUCUCAGACGGCAGCUGGCAGGCCGAGGAGGAGCUAUCUGCAGCGUGGACCUCGGAGACAGAGCCGGAGACGACAUGGACCUGGACAGUCUCUCCAUGGAGGUCACCGGUUACAUGAGCGAUGGUGACGUGCUGAGCAAGAACGCAACGCGCACUGAUGAUGUCACCAGCGGCUAUUUGACUGACGGAGGGUUGGGUCUGUACACGCGACGCCUGAACCGCCUGCCCGACAGCAUGGCCGCCGUCCGAGAGACGCUCCAUCGGAAAACGUCGUCAGGACAGGGAGAUGCUGACAGCUGGGAUGACAGCAGCUCGGUGAGCAGUGGCAUCAGUGACAACAUCGACACAGAUGACAUCAACACCAGCUCCUCCAUCUCCUCCUACGCCAACACGCCGGCAACACAGCGCAAAGGCCUCAACACACAGCCUGUGACGGAUGCAGAGAAGCACUCGGCCUCCACAGCGGUGCACCAGGCCUGGUCAGGAGACGAGGUAAAGAGACCAGACGGCGGGUCAGACAGCGGGGUCAGGAUGGAGCCAGGCUCCAAGUGGAGCCGACGGAACCCCUCCGACAUCUCUGACGAGUCCGACAAGGGCGGCUCGGGGAGGAAGACCCCCUCUGUGUCCCACACGGGUUCAUGGAGGAGGGGAAUGAGCACUCAGGUGGGGGUGACUUCACCUCGCACUAAAAGCACCAGUAGCUCUGGCUCCACGGGAUCUGUUGGCCUCAAGACGCACAGCUCAGCAGGUAAGACUGAUGACGUCAAGGUGUCAGAGAAAGGUCGUCUCUCUCCUCGCCCUAACGGCCUUCACCGCUCGCCCUCAGAUGCGGGACGCAGCAGCGGAGACGAGGCAAAGAAGCAAUCAAUCUCCUCCAGCCGCACGGCAAACACACACACCCUCACACACACUGUCUCAGACCCUCACUCACAGACACACACACUCACCUCACGCACCCCCACCAGCACCUUCGGCUUCAAGAAGCAGGGCCAUGGGAUGGUCACCAUGGUCACUGCGAGUGGUGCCACCAUCACAAGCGGCUCAGCCACCCUGGGGAAGAUGCCCAAGUCUGGGGCUCGCUCUCUGGCAGGAGGGCUGAAGUCAGGUGGACAGGAUGGAGGGUCGGCGCUGGGUCACCACGAUGACGGCUUCCUUCCCAUGAGCGCUCGCUCCACGCUGCAGUACCGCAGCCUGCCCAGACCCAGCCGCUCAGGAGCAGCCGCCCGCAACGGAAACCGCUCCUCCACCAGCAGCAUCGAGGCUGCUGUGCUCUCCGUCACGUCACACGGCAAGAACUCACUCAGCAUCACCAAGGCCAACGGCUCAGCAGGGCUGAUGGCCAACCAGACGGACCGGGAGAAAGGUGUCUCUGACAUCGACAACCUCAGGAGUGGAGCGGUGAUGCAGGGCGGUGGAGCUGCGACUGUUCCUCUGACCGGGAGACAGCAGGUUUCUUCACCAACACUACGCAGGUUGUUUGGUGGGAAACCGAGUAAACAGGCUCCGGUCACCACGGCUGAAAACAUGAAGAACUCCACUGUUAUCUCCAACCCCCACGCCACCAUGAACCAUGUGACCACGGUGCUGGAGUCUCCUGACGGAGGGCAUGGAGGAGGGGACGGCGAGAUCAGCAGCCCCCUGUUUGGAGGCAGAUUGCAGGGAUCGGGGAUGGGGACGCUGGGCAGCGAGCAGGCCUCCAGUCCCGGCUCAGUCUACUCCUCCACCGGCCCCUCCAACAGCCUGACGUGGGGCACCACCUUCAGCAGCUCCUCCGCCCAGAGCAGGGAGAGCACGCUGGGCGGGCACGGCGGAGCGGGCAGCAUGGGAUUCCCCUCCGUCAGCAGCAUGCACACCAGCAGCGAGUCCAUCGACAUGAGCCUGGGCAGCGCCGGACACGGGGUCCACAGGGAGGACACUCUGUCUGCUCUGGGCCGUACGGGCAGCGUCAAGACCGGCAUGUCUGAGAGUCCCCUCUCUUCUCCCUCUGCUAGCCCUAUAUUCAGCCGAAACACGCUGCCUCGGAAGCAGGACAGCGGGACUCACUGUGGUAGAAACACUCUGCCUAAGAAAGGACUCAGGUAUGGACCGACCCCUCAGCUGCGAGGUCACGAGGAGGCCCGGGAUUGGCUGCGCUCCCACUCAACCAGCGGGCUUCAGGACUCAGCCAGUAACUCCCCGUUCUCCCCUGGGUCCAGCCUCACCUCCCCCUCAGGCACCCGCUUCAACUUUGGACAGCUGGCUUCCAGCCCGACUUCAGCAGCUCAGAUCAACCUCGCUGGUAUGCGCAACAACAGCCUGACCAAUCAGGACCCUUCCUUUGACCCCUGCAGCGACAACAGACUGAGAAACUCCUGCAUGUCACUGGACGAGAAGACUCGCACCAUGAGCAGAUCGGGCUCCUUCAGGGACGGCUUCGAGGAAGUUCAUGGAUCAUCACUGUCUCUGGUCUCCAGCACGUCUUCCAUUUACUCCACUAACGAGGAGAAGUCUCAGUCGGAGAUCCGAAAGCUGCGCCGGGAGCUGGAUGCUUCCCAGGAAAAGGUUUCCGCCUUGACGACACAACUGAGCGCCAACGCCCACCUGGUGGCAGCAUUUGAACAGAGCCUGGGCAACAUGACCAUCAGACUGAAGAGUCUCACCUUGACAGCAGAGCAGAAGGACUCCGAGCUGAAUGAGCUGAGGAAGACUAUCGAGCUGCUGAAGAAGCAGAACGCUGUCGCUCAGGCUGCCAUCAAUGGAGUCAUCAACACGCCUGAACUUACACACAAAGGGGAAAGGACAGGCGGCAGUAACGGCAGUCCACAACUACAGCAUCAUCAGCCUGACCUGCGCAUCAGGCGGCAGCACUCCUCCGACAGCGUCAGCAGCAUCACCAGCGCCACCAGCCACUCCAGCGUGGGCUCCAACUUGGACGCUGACGCCAAGAACAAGAAGAAGAACAAGAAGAACUGGCUGCGGAGCUCCUUCAAACAAGCGUUCAGCAAGAAGAAGUCUCCAAAGUCGGCAUCCUCUCACUCUGACAUCGAGGAGAUGACCGACUCGUCGCUGCCGUCCUCGCCCAAACUUCCUCACAACGGCUCUGCGGCCUCCAGUCACAUGCUCAGGAACACACACUCCAACUCGCUAUUGUCUGAGUGUCUGGACAGCGAGGCAGAGACGGUGAUGCAGCUGCGCAGUGAGCUCAGGGAGAAGGAGAUGAAGCUGACAGACAUCCGGCUGGAGGCCCUCAGCUCCGCUCAUCAGCUGGACCAGCUCAGGGAGGCCAUGAACCGCAUGCAGGUGGAGAUCGAGAAGCUAAAGUCAGAGAACGACCGUCUGAAGGUGGAGAAUAAGGGCAGCAGGAUGGGCUCCCAGGUCUCCAUCUCAUCCUCUCCUCCUCCCCCUCACACACACAGCCAGGCUCAGGGUUCCGGACCGGCUAUGUCCCAGCACAGCCUCAACCUGACCACCAGCGAGUCCACUAGCCUUGACAUGCUGCUGGAUGACACCGGGGGAGAAGGAGGGAUGAGGAAGGAGGGACGACACGUGAAGAUGGUCGUCAGCCUGGACGAGGACAGCAAGUGGGGAGAGGAGGGUCGAACUCGCCAUUUUCUCAUUGGUUGCAUCGGUGUGAGCGGAAAAACCAAGUGGGAUGUCCUGGAUGGAGUGGUUAGACGCCUUUUCAAGGAGUACAUCACCCAUGUGGACCCAGUGAGCCAGCUGGGCCUGAGCUCAGACAGCGUGGAGGGAUACAACAUUGGAGAAAUCCACCGGCCCAGCAGCCCCCGGGCUGCUCAGACGCCCGAGCUGCUGCCCUGCGGCUACCUGGUGGGAGACAGCAACACCAUCAACAUCCAGCUCAAAGGUGUGAGCAGUGAGAACGUGGACUCUCUGGUGUUCGACACUCUGAUCCCAAAGCCGAUGCUGCAGCGCUACGUCUCCCUGCUGAAGGAGCACAGACGAGUCAUCCUGUCAGGCCCCAGCGGCACGGGGAAGACCUACCUGGCCAAUCAGCUGUCUCGACACCUGCUGCUGCUGGACGGUCGACCUGUGACCCCACACGCUGUCGUCACUUUCAACGUGGACCACAAGUCCAGCAAGGAGUUGCGUCAGUACCUGUCAGGUCUGGCUGAGCAGUGCAGCGGUGUUGCAGGUGCAGAGAGCCCUCUAGUGGUCAUUUUGGACAACCUGCAUCAUGUCAGCUCGCUGGGAGAGAUCUUCAAUGGGGUCUUCAACUGCAACUACCAACACAGCCCUUACAUUAUCGGCACAAUGAGCCAAGCCACAUCAUCGGCCCCCAACCUGCAGCUUCAUCAUAACUUCAGGUGGGUGCUCUGUGCCAACCACAUGGAGCCAGUGAAAGGCUUCCUGGGUCGCUACCUGAGGAGGAAGCUGAUCGAGACAGAGAUCGGCAGCCGGACGCGUAACAUGGAGCUGGUGAAGAUCAUCGACUGGAUCCCGCGGGUCUGGCACCACCUCAACCGCUUCCUGGAGGCACACAGCUCCUCUGACGUCACCAUCGGACCUCGUCUCUUCCUGUCCUGUCCCAUGGACGUGGAGGGAUCCAGAGUUUGGUUCACCGACCUCUGGAAUUACUCCAUCAUCCCGUACAUGCUGGAGGCCAUACGAGAGGGAUUACAGCUGUACGGCCGCAGGGCUGCGUGGGAGGACCCUGCUGCCUGGGUGAUAGACACGUACCCGUGGUCAGCCACACCGACUCCGUCUGAAUGGCCCCCGCUGCUGCAGCUCCGCCCAGAGGACGUCGGGUUUGAUGGUUACUCUGCUCCAAGGGAGGGAGUCAGGAAGGAGCCCCCACAGAGCGACAGCGACGCAGACCCACUGAUGAACAUGCUGAUGCGUCUCAAGGAGGCAGCAACGUCGUCGAGCCCGCAGAGCUACGACAGCGACUCCAACAGCAACAGCCACCAGGACGAUAUCCUGGACUCAUCGCUGGAGUCCACUUUGUGAUGUCAUCGUAACACUGGGACUUCAUUCAGGAGGAACUUUGUCUGAAGAACUGUCCUCUGUGUUGAGGACUGCUUAGUGAGAGUAUAAUUUCAUGCCACAAAAUCCAGCCACCUUAUUUUGGGUGCAGGUAACCCAAGUAUGUAACGAGGAAAAGACAGAUUACAUUUCAGAGAGUGGGCGAGGAACGUUUCUACUGCACUGCGCUGUUUGAGUUUUUUGUUUUGUUUCACCGCUGUGGCCCGUGUCUCCUGGUGUCAGGAGCCUGACUUCUUCUGCAGAAUAAAAGCACACAGCCUGUCGCUAUCAGUGAGCUUCAUCAUCAACACCAACAUCAUCAUCAUCAGCCAUCAGCAUACUUUUAACACCAGCCAGGAUUACUCCAUCCUCCUCUGAGUGCAGUGCGCCUGAGCUGCCUGCAGAUGGCAACACUGCACCUUCUUUUUGAAGCACCUGUGAACCCACCAGCUGCUGAGAGCACCCGAUGAGGCUGCUGCUGGUUGGAUGAAUGAAAUGAUGGAUGGAAGGGUGGAUGGAACGCCAGCCACAUUUGACUUUUCAUCCUCUUCUAAUGCUGGAGGUCUGUGUGUGACUGCUGGAGGAUAAAUCAAGCCAAAGUGAAUGUUAGGUCCUGCAACAUUUCUAUUCACAGUCUUCAGAGAGACCAGAGCUCCAGUUUGACUAAACUGAACUCCAGACUAGAUCAAAGCAGAGUGUCUGAACUGAAAAGAGAUCAGAGUAAUCCAUGAAAGACUUACAUGUCCACAAAGAGUAAUCAUCUGUUGUGUCUUUGUUCUGCACGCAAACAAGAGGUUAAAGAACAGAACUUAUAUCGUUGCAUGUUCCAAAAACAAACUAUUUUAUUUUGAAAUAUAGAACUGCAAACCCUAUCAUUCUUUUAGAAUAUAAAAUACACUUGGAAAUUCAAAAGUUUGCUUUCCAAACAUUUUUCUUGGAGGCUGAUGUGAAUCUUGUGAGAAGGACUGAAGCUGCAAGAUGAAAGCUGCAGCUCUGUCUUGAUCAGACUGAAUCUGUGGAACACCAAUGGUAAUAAUGGCAGCAUGUUGGGUCCAAAAAUCAAAAUCUUGCAAACAGAACUGCAAGGAAAAUUCUUGAAUCAACGAUUUUCACAUAUGUCAAAAGUUUUGUUCAUCAAUCAUCUUCUGUAAUAGGAUAAUAAAGACACAAAAGUAACAGAGGAAGCAGAAAAAAGAAUGAGAGUUGGUUUGUUAAUAUCUUUAAAUCCAUCAUGUGAGCAUGUUAGGGAGGAAGUUGCCAAACGAAAGCAACACCACAAAUUCUGUGUAGAGAAGCCUCAAAGCUGAGAAGGAAAUAUUGAUUCCAUUCAACCAAAUAUCAGCUGUCCUUCCUGACUCUUUUGAUUCUAUAGGAGUUGACGCCUCAGAUGGAGCACCACUGAGGACAUCUGUGCUUCUGUCCUCCCUUAUGGCAGAGAAGCUGCCUCUUAAUGAAGCAGAGAUACAUAAAAAUGACAAUAAGUUAAAUUGUAAACACAAACAUGAGUCUGACCUCCUGAAUACAUAACAUCUGUAGCUCUUUUGAAGGCCAGCACUCACUCUGGUUUUAGCAUUCACCAUGGCUGGAUUCAUCCUCUCACUCUGUUUGAGAUCACGUCUUUUCUGUCUGUGUUGUAAGGUUCCAUAUCAUUUCAAAAACAACGCCUCCAUCACACCUACGUUUUUACUUUGGACCACUUGAUAAUCCUCUGAGAUCUCCAUGCACAUUGGCCCAAACAGGCUGUUGUAGCACAAAUAUCCUAAUGGUGCUGGACUGAGUUUUUGAAAAACAAUGCCUUACUCUUUUCUAACAGACUAUGUGCAUUAAACUGAUUCUUUAUUCGUCUAAGUGGCUGUAAACUAAACAGGGCUGCGAGUCGACUCUCCUGGAGGAGCGCCGUCGACCUCUCAUCAUAUCAAACACCAAUGCCGUGGGAUUGAGACGCGAAUGAGAAGCAGUGCUCUGGGGUCUCAAAUUAAGAUGUAUGCAUGUAUGACCCAGUGCUGUGAAGCUGGUGUAAAUAUGUCGGACCACUAGCAAGAAAAAAAUAUAUAUAUGUGAUGUGUUUCGGUGCUUGAGAUCAGAAUAUUUUGCAGAUGAGGGAACUUUAAGAUGUGUUGAUUUUAUACCUCAUCCCCAUCCUUUACUGUGCUCUCCUCAGAGUCUGUGUGAUGAUGUGAUUUGGGAGGAGCAAAAGAUGUCACAAGAUGGACUAAUUAAGUGAAAACUGGUGUACAUGCUGCUUUGUUUAAAGUGAUAUAAUUAAGGUUUAAAGGUACUUGUGGUUGAGUGAUAAUGUUAAACGGUUCAACAUCAUUUCUGUGGCCUAAAAAAAAAAGAGUAUGGUACUUUUCUUUGUUUUAAACCUCCCCGUCUGCCUUCUGGAAAGGGCAGGCAGGCGUUUAGAGCCGGGUCACGCAUCGCUUUCAGUGUUUUUUAUCACCGAUCCUAUGCAACAUUCAUUCUGAUCCCCAAACGGUAGCCAAAAGCUGAAUGUGCGUUUGUCCAGCACUGCCGAGAUGUACAGCAUGGAUCCAGAUUUGUGAGGACUUUUUGGGGGGAUUUGUCCACGUGUGUGUGUGUGUGUAUCAGUGUGUUUCUCCUGCUGCGGUCCCCUGUAAGCACAAAGAGACUGAUUCUCCCGUUUGUCUCAUGUAACGCCUGCUCUGAGAGGUGUGGAUGUCUUUGAAGCAUUUGAAUAGUCUGUCAGUUUAUUACUCACAAACUCAAUGAAUGUUUAGCCUUCUUUGCUAUGUACAUUUUUUAUAUGUAACAUAACUUUGUAUAUAGUUGAUUAUCUUGGGACAUUUUGAUGACUUUUUCUAGCUGAUUUGUAACAGUACUUGAAAAAGAGUAUUUUGUGUACAGUCUCUUUACAUCAGAGCAGAUCAGUGCUGUUUGUCAUCACUGGUCUGUCCAGGGCUCGUUGAAUUAAAUCUAUCACUGUACUAGUCUUAAGUUAUUGUGAUCCAAUAAAAAUUAAUAAUUAUUUAUGAAUGAA